UGACGUUCCUAGAUCUUUCCAGGUAUUGCGAAUAUGAGGUACGGGACCUCUUCUUCGAUCCUCUUACAUAUUCACGCAAUCUGUGGUCUACCAUUCGCCGGACUGCAAACCUUGCAGAUAACAGGUCGUUACAAAAAUAUCACUUUGGCCGGGAUGUGGAUUGUCUUUUCACUCCCGCAUCACAAGAAUUUGGUCAUGGGAAAUAUGGGGAUCAGAUACUCUAAUUACGACGAUACCGAAGACCUUCCUCGUUGGUCCUUGGCUCCAUCUUCUGGUCUACGGGAGCUCUACAUACGUAAAUUGUUCCUCGGGAAAUCAUCGGCAGAUAGUCACGCCCAGCGAAUGGACCGUUGCAUUUGCAAUGUAUGCCCUAGCCUACACUCACUUCACAUCACCACCACAACGGGCGGUCACUCGCGCGAGCUUCUGGACACAUGUCAUGGCUAUUUCGGUGCCAUAGCAUGACUAUCUGUCUUUGACGAGACACCAUCAACCGAGGUCAAGAACCAUGCGAGAACCCGACGUGGAUGAAAACAUGAUGUCCAUGCACAGCAUGCGAGCAUCAACCGUUAUUGAGCAUCUGGUGCUGGACGCCUCGGAUCUACUCGAUGUUGUUGACAUGGGGGAGUUUAGUCAUGGCAAACACCCUGGCGCAGGCUAUCUGCAACUCAUGU